AUGGCCGGACGUUCCACAGCACUCGCGACACGAAUGCCCAGUAUUGAAUAUGCUCAGCAGCGGAAAACUAAUGUGACGUUUGACGCAAGGCAUCAGUGCAUAACUCUGGUUCACGACGGAGCACUCUUCAAGGCACCGCUUCAGGACGGCCUGGAGCGAGUGCUUGAGUUGGGUCCCGGAGCGGGUGUUCCCGGCGCGCCACUUCGACUACGUGCACAUGCGGUGCCUGUUCGGCUCCGUGCCCGACUGACCGCGCCCGCUGCGGCAGGCCUACAGGUGCUGCGAGCCCGGCGGUGUCCAAUUGGCCCUUGGCCUGAAGACGAGGGCCUCAGAAACAUUGGAAAGGUGGGUCUCGUUCGUCUGGUCCGAGACAUGGGCCAGACUCCGUUAAGGGUCACUGUCUAUUGCGCCCGUCUCCGUGAGCAGUUGAGGAACCCAGACGUCCACGCCUACGUUAUGAUGCGGAGUGUGUACGGGCGGAGGCCUAGGCAAGAGGAGGUGUACGCGGCGGCGGCCAGUGGUAGAUCUAUUGCUGCCACAGGUGUUGGGGCUACUUCUGCCGCAGGUGGUGAAGCUGCUACUACGGCAAGUGGUGAGGUUACUCCUACGGCAAGUUGUGAGGCUACUCCUGCGAUAAGGGGUGAGGAUACAACUUCGUCCCCUGGCACUCGAAGUAUGAGCACAUCCGCUGAAACUAGCCGCAUAAGAGCACCGUCGCCCAUGAGUCUCGGCAAGUAUACGCCAACUUAUCUCCAACUAUCGAGAAGGCCUUUCAUGUCGUCACCACAGAAGGUCGGCUCACACGGGCCAACAAAGAAGAUUGGGAUGGAGUGGUAUGACCUUUCGCCCGAAGGCAAGAUCCAGUGGUUGUUGGACUCUGGCGCAGAGGACAAAUGGGGCUGGGUCAUUUACCGAUGCACUUACAAGCCGGAGCUAGACAGCCACUGGAAAGAGUUCAAGCGCCGGGUUGAAACUGGGUCUCGCAAGCUCAUUGCAGAGUUCGACGCUCCGGGGAUUGCCGAAAAGCUCGACUGGGUCUUUGUCGAGGAUCCCGAGCUGGAGAAUGCCUCUCGUGAUGAAUUGAAAGGCAAGUUCAAGGCGUGGGCGCGCACCGAGAACCCAAACUGCGAUAUGGAUAAUCUCCGGGACGGCCGGGGUGCGCGUUACACAUAUUUCAUCCAGGUUGACGAAGAUGCUCUGUUGAGCAUGGCGGGUACGCCCAAUGACCCGAGGAACCCGGGGCAUGUCAAUAUCAUCCGCGCCUGGCAGGAUCCGCUCCCUCCUGAGGAAGCAACGGAUCCGUCUGGUGAAGUCGAAGAUAGCGAGGACUGGAUGAAGAUGCGGGUGGACAUGAUGGAUGCAGAGUUCUACAUCGAGAUGGAUGACGAUGAGGCUUGGUACAGGUUCUAUCGCCCACCACCGCACCAAGUGUGCCAUUGGUAA